AUGCGUACUAAUAAGUGUGAUGAGGUGAUAGGACGUCUGCGCAUCUCCGAAACCAACAGCAAUAGGUGUAAGGAGACCAACACCUUCAUCCGAGCUACCACCAACUUGGUCAAAUCCAUCUGUGGACAAGCAGGGGAACCAUAUGGUGAAAUGACCAAGAGCCUCCAAACCUUCGACAUUGUUGUCUGUCAACUGAGAAACCAGGGUGCCACCCAUCCCCGCUGUCAGUACCGUGGUCAAUCUAGCACCAGGAAGAUUGCAAUCAAAUGUGAACAAGGUUUUCCUGUGCACUUUGACGGAGAUAUUGUACACUUUGACCACUGA